AUGGAUGCAAGGGAUGAAAAGAUGAAUGCAACAAAAGAAGAGAUGAACGAAAAAAUGGACGCAAGAAUGGAAAAGAUGGAGGGAAAAAUAGACAAGCAAAAAGAUGCCAUAAUCACCAGCCUAAAUGAAAAAUUCCAAAUAGAAGUGGAAGCAAACAAAUAUGAAAUAACAGGAAUUAAAGAACAAAUGAAGGACGUAGAAACAAAUUUGGAUGGUAGGGAUCUAGGGUUUCUAGGUAUUCUAGGGAGGCCAAAGAUUUCACAGCUUCUAGAGAUUCUAGAAAUUUCAGAGAUUCCAAAGAUUCAAGCGCGUGAAGAGACUCAAGAGAUUCAAGAAACUUUAGAGAUUCAAGAGAUUUCGUGUCCUAGGGAUUUUAGGGAUGGUAGGGAUCUAGGGUUUCUAGAUAUUCUAGGGAGGCCAAAGAUUUCACAGCUUCUAGAGAUUCUAGAAAUUUCAGAGAUUCCAAAGAUUCAAGCGAGUGAAGAGACUCAAGAGAUUCAAGAGAUUUCGUGUCCUAGGGAUUUUAGAGAUGGUAGGGAUCUAGGGUUUCUAGGCAUUCUAGGGACGCCAAAGAUUUCACAGCUUCUAGAGAUUCUAGAAAUUUCAGAGAUUCCAAAGAUUCAAGCGAGUGAAGAGACUCAAGAGAUUCAAGAAACUUUAGAGAUUCAAGAGAUUUCGUGUCCUAGGGAUUUUAGGGAUGAUAGGGAUUUAGGGUUUCUAGGUAUUCUAGAGAGGUCAAAGAUUUCACAGCUUCUAGAGAUUCUACAAAUUUCAGAGAUUCCAAAGAUUCAAGCGAGUGAAGAGACUCAAGAGAUUCAAGAGAUUUCGUGUCCUAGGGAUUUUAGGGAUGGUAGGGAUCUAGUGUUUCUAGGUAUUCUAGGGAGGCCAAAGAUUUCACAGCUUCUAGAGAUUCUAGAAAUUUCAGAGAUUCCAAAGAUUCAAGCGAGUGAAGAGACUCAAGAGAUUCAAGAAACUUUAGAGAUUCAAGAAAUUUCGAGAUUCAAGAUAUUCCAGAGAAUCACGAGAUUCCAGAAAGUCGAGAGAAUCCGGAUUCUAGAAAUUCCAGAGAUUCCAGAGGUUAAAGAAAUUCUAAAGAUUCUAGAGAUUCUGGAGUUUUUAGAGAUUAAGGAUUCCAAGGAUUCCGUACAUUACAAAGAUUCUACAGUUUAUAAAGAUCCCAAGGAUGGUAGGGAUCUAGGGUUUCUAGGUAUUCUAGAGAGGCCAAAGAUUUCACAGCUUCUAGAGAUUCUAGAAAUUUCAGAGAUUCCAAAGAUUCAAGCGAGUGAAGAGACUCAAGAGAUUCAAGAAACUUUAGAGAUUCAAGAGAUUUCGAUUCCACAGAUCCCGAAGAUAGCGAAGAUUCUGAAGAUUCUAGAGAUUCUAGAAGUUCCGGAGAUUCCAGAAGUUCAAGCGAGUGAAGAUACUCAAGAAAUUCAAGAGAUUCCAAUAGUCAAGAGAAUGCGAAUUCCAGAAAUUCCAGAGAAUCCAGAGAUUUCAGAAGUUAAAGAAAUUCUAAAGAUUCUGGAGAUUCUGUAG